CCCGGCAGCACCUCAGAGAAGUGCCAGAUUGAAACAAUGGAAGAACUUUAUGUGGCCAACACCAUCUUUGCCCUCAAUUUCUUCAAGCACCUGGCAAAUGCAAGCGCCACCCAGAAUCUCUUCUUCUCCCCGUGGAGCAUCUCAUCCACCAUGGCCAUGGUCUACCUGGGUGCCAGGGGCAGCACAGCAGACCAGAUGGCCAAAGUGCUUCAGUUUAACAAAGUUGGAGUCCGUGAAGGCACCCCAAUGACCCCAGAGAACGUCACCGGCAGUGAAUCCAUGCAGCAGAUCCAGAAGGGUACCUACCCUGACGCUAUUUUGCAGGCACAAGCUGCAGGCACCAUCCAUUCAUCCUUCCAUUCUCUCAGCUCUGCAAUCAACGCGUCCACAGGGGAGUAUUUAUUGGAAAGUGCCAAUAAGCUGUUUGGAGAGAAGUCUGCAGGAUUCAAGGAAGAAUACAUGCAACUCUCCAAGAAAUAUUAUUCUACCGAACCCCAGGCAGUUGACUUCCUAGAAUGUUCAGAAGAAGCCAGAAAAAAGAUUAAUUCUUGGGUCGAGACUCAAACCAAAGGCAAAAUCCCAAACUUGUUACCUGAAGGUUCUGUAGGUGUGGACACGAAGAUGGUCCUGGUGAAUGCUGUCUACUUCAAAGGAAAGUGGAAAACUCCAUUUCAGAAGAAAUUAAACAGGCUUUAUCCUUUCCGUGUGAACUUGACUCAGAGCACACCAGUGCAGAUGAUGUUCUUGCACGAAAAGCUGAACAUUGGAUACAUAGCAGACCUAAAGGUUCAGAUUCUAGAACUCCCCUACGCUGGUGAUGUCAGCAUGUUCCUGCUGCUUCCAGAUGAAAUUGCUGAAUUCUCCACUGGCUUGGAGCUGCUGGAAAGUGAAAUAACCUACGACAAACUCAACAGGUGGAUCAGCGAAGACACCAUGGCCGGAGACGACGUGGAGGUGUACCUUCCCCAGUUCAAAUUAGAAGAGCAUUAUGAACUCAAACCCAUUCUGAAGAGCAUGGGCAUGGCUGAUGCCUUCAGCAAGGGCCAAGCCAAUUUCUUAGGGAUGUCAGAAAAGGAUGACCUGUUUCUGUCCGAAGUGUUCCAUCAAGCCACUGUGGAUGUUAACGAGGAGGGCACUGAAGCAGCUGCUGGCACCGGGGCCAUUAUGUCUGGGAGAACUGGCCAUGGAGGCCCACAGUUUGUGGCAGACCAUCCUUUCCUCUUCUUUAUCAUGCACAAGAUAACCAAGAACAUCCUCUUUUUCGGCAGAUUUGCAUCUCCUUAAGUUCAGAGGUUCUGUUUCUGCACAGGACUUUGUAAUAUGAGGUUAAACCUCAGAAUUGCUACAACGGCCAAAACUUUAGAGAUCUUUUCUACAUAUUUCUGUUUUUUAUGAGCAUUUUUUCUUACAUACUGAGUAUAAACACAGACAUAGCUUGACAAUUGUCAAAUUAUAACAUUACCACUCUAUUAAUCACUUCGUCUCCUAAAAUGGGAGGAUGUUCCACUUAGAUCUUCCUUACUCUUGACUUAUUUUAUAGCAUUAACUUUUUUGGCAUUAUUUAUUAUUUUAUAUAACAGUUUUUUGUUAUUGUUCACUGUCUACUGUAGCGGGUACCGUUACAGAAGCAGGUCAUCACUUAUUUUUCUUUCUAAGGAAAUGGACUUAUUUGUUCUUAUAAUGAAGGGUGACUAGGUGUCUUUCCAUGCCUUUCUAGAAUAAGAACCUAGAAGAAAGCACUGAACAACAGGCACAUGUAUGCUGUGUGCAUUUUUAGCAUUAGGUAUCACACAGAUGUGUCUGUAACUUACACAAGAUUGCAAAUAUAUGAAAAAUAAAUGUAU